AUGGGAGAUAACCAGAGAAUUCAUCCAGCAGUAGAUGUGGAAGCGCCACCACUAGCAGCACCACUGGUGUUGCGAGGUUUGGUAGCAUCUGGAAAGCGCAGUUCGAGUCUGAGUCAGCAGCAACCUCCACUGUCAUUACGUACCAUUCCAGCAGUUAUGCAAGGGAGUAAGUUAUCACAAACCACAAGCUGUUGCUGUUGCAAGUGCAUAUGUUGGACAGUAGGUCUCCUUGUCCUUCUACUAGGGAUUGUCGGAGCCACCGCGGGCAUUCUUUACCUUGUCUUCAAACCAAAAAUCCCCAACUACUCCGUAGAUAGCUUGAGAAUAAGUGACCUGAGGCUCAACUUUGAUAUGACCUUAUAUGCUACAUUCGAUGUGAAGAUCACAGCAAAUAACCCAAACAAGAAGAUUGGAAUUUACUACGAGAAAGGUGGGCUGCUGAGUGUAUGGUACACAGACACUAAGCUUUGUCAAGGUUCAAUACCAAAAUUCUACCAAGGUCACCAGAACAUAACAAAAUUGGAUGUGAGCUUAACAGGGCAAACACGGUAUGGAAGCACUUUAAUGAGGACAUUGCAAGAGCAACAACAAACAGGACGUAUUCCAUUGGAUCUUAAGAUUGAUGCACCAGUUUCUAUCAAACUUGGGAGGUUGAAGCUGAGGAAGGUGAGGAUCUUAGGGAAUUGCUUGUUGGUGGUGAAUAGCUUAUCUACCAACAAUCUGAUUAGCAUCAAGGCUAGUAAUUGCAAGUUUAGAUUAAAGCUUUGAAUUUCAAUGCAUGUAUUGCAUUAGAAUUCUUUUUUCUUUCUAUUUUUUUUUCCCAUUCCCCCCGGCUUUCGGUACUCAUUUCUCAGUUGUGAUGAUGAUUUUUCCUAUAUUUACUCUUUUUUUUUGUAA